AGCUGCUGAGGCGGCGUUCCCGUAUGCUGGCUCGACGCCGUCCGCACGGCUCGGUGGUUCCCGUAAUGGACGCGAGGACCCGGGGCGAAGCAGCGCGCCGCAUCCCCCCGGAUGGCGGAGUGGAGUGAGUGAGGAUGCGCUUUCCCAGCUCCAUCUUUGUGUCAGUGUCUCUGUUCACGGCCGAGACCACGGCAGCGCUGUACCUCAGCACCACGUACCGCUCCGCCGGAGACCAGAUCUGGCAAGGUCUCACCCUCCUCUUCACGCUCGUCCCGUCCGUCCUGGUGCAGCUGACCCUCACCUUCAUCCACCGGGACCUGAGCCGAGACAGACCCCUCAUCCUGCUGCUGCACAUCCUGCAGCUCGGUCCCAUUGUCAGGUGUCUGGAGGCGUUCUGCAUCUACGGCAGCGUGGGCCAAGUGGAGGAGCCCUAUGUCAGCAUCACCAGGAAGAAGCAGAUGCCCCGCGAGGGUCAGUCGGAGGAAGUGGAACGGCAGGUGGGUCAGGCCGAGGGGAAGCUGUUCACACACCGAGCCGCGUUCUCCCGCACCUCUGUGAUCCAGGCCUUCCUGGGAUCGGCUCCGCAGCUCACCCUGCAGCUCUACAUCUGCGUGCUGCAGCAGGAGGUGUCCAUCGGAAGAGGCACACUGAUGGUGAUCUCCCUUCUGUCCAUUGUGUAUGGAGCGCUGCGCUGCAACAUCCUGGCAAUUAAGCUCAAAUACGAUGACUACGAGGUGGACAUCCGACCCAUGGCUUACCUCUGCAUCUUCCUGUGGAGAGGCUUCGAGAUCGCCACGCGUGUGGUCGUCCUAGUUCUGUUCAGCUCCGUCCUGCAGCUCUGGGUCCUGCCUGUGGUUUUCCUGAAUUUUUCGGUUUUCUUCUUCUACCCCUGGAUCCUCUUCUGGCAGAGUCACUCACCGUUCCCCGAGAACAUAGAGAAGACCCUCACCAGGGUGGGGACCACCAUUGUGCUGUGCCUGCUGACGUUUCUUUACGCAGGCAUCAACAUGUUCUGCUGGUCGGCCGUGCAGGUGAAGCUGAACGACCAGGACCUCAUCAACAAGUCCCAGAACUGGUAUCGCAUGGCCGUGUACUACAUGGUGCGAUUUGUGGAGAACGCCUCGCUGCUCCUGCUGUGGUAUAUGCACAAAACGGACUUCUACGAGUUCAUCUUCGCGCCUCUGCUGGUGCUGCAGCUGCUGCUGGCCUACGCCAUGGCCAUCUUCUUCAUGCUGGUCUUCUACCAGUUCUGCCAUCCGUGCCGGAGGCUCUUCUCCUCCAGCAUGACGCAGGGCCUCUGGGAUUGCUCGUCCGUCCUCUGCGUCUUGUGUACCUCUGCUUCCCCUCACAACAGGCCAAUGGGGAGGGCGGUACUGGAGACAUCUGUCCACCAAGAACCAUCCAAUGACCAAGUUCCCGACACAUCCAGCAACAGCGCAGACGACGUGCAAAACGACACCACAUAUGAUGUUCUCAAUGACACGAUCUAUGACGCUCCUAAUGUGGAAAACAGCAUCAGAGGUGGAGUCAACGGGGAUGUAAGCCACACAGUGUCCUGCAACGUCUGAAGCAUCACAACGGUCCCAAUGUGCCAUUCAGCAAACUUUUCGUAACCUUUAAAGUGCCACAUCUGUCCCUCUGUUGGUCUUACAGCCCUCUGAUCUCAUAUUUCAAUGUCUGCUUUUAAAAAAAGACAAAUAUAGAUUCAUUGUGGCUACAAACAAACAAAUAUGAUGAUAGCUCAUAUUUCCAGGCAGCACCUUCCUUCCUGCAGCAUUUAGGCCAUGCUGUGUGGGGAUAACCUAGAGCCAACGCAUUUAAUCUGAUUGUAUUAGUGUCCCGUUUUGGCAUGGAUGCAUGCAGAUGUCCAACCUCAGAUGAGGUGCAACAGCUUUUAAGAAGAAAACUCGCCAGUUUUAUGGCUGCAAGCAAUCAGCUUUUUUUUACUCCUCCCAUAAUAGCUUUACGGUUAUCACACACUGCUUCUGUGAUGUGCUCAUUCUUGAUGGUGAGAUGUUUCACAUGCUAUAGUAAAGCGUAAAGCACAGGCAUUUCCAAGAAGCAUUAAUAUGUAUUUUGCACGUUUACAUAAGAAAAUGUCUUUUUACUCAACUGUCGAGCAGCCAUAGUGACGUGAAAUGCUUUUUGUCUCAUCACUUUGGAUAUUCAGAGUGCACAAAAUAGACUAAUUGUACAAACGAAAAAUCACAAAAAGUUGUUUGUUUUCAAUCUUAAAUGUAACUUUACAUUGGAGAGAAUCAGUGUCUUUGCACCGUAUCUGCAAAGGAAUUGCCAGAAUGCUUCUGUUCGUACAAAUACGCAGCCUUUAAUGCCAAAAAAUAAAACAUUCUGAGACA